GCAUGUUGAUGACGUCGAGGUAAUGGCCGCUCUUGCUGUGCCGUGCGGGGUGUUUUAUUUUCUCCGCCACAGCGGCUAAAUUAAACCAUUUAAUAUUUAUUACAGAUCGUACGAAGAAAUAUCAGCGGGAGAGGGACGUUGCUAAGGCACCAGCGCCGUCUUUAAAGAGCUCCGGGUCGGCAAGCAGAAUAUUCUCUGAUGGAUACUCCAGAGAGCCCUACACAGUCCCCUCAGUCUCCUGAGGACGAGGACAAGGGUGUUUCUGACAGCGAGCUGCUGGAGUCUCCGGAUGAAGACGAGGACAGGGUCGUCUCAGACAGCGAGGUGCUGCGAGACGACGAGAACGAGGGGCUGGUGGAUGAGGAGGACGAGGAGGAGGCGGCGGAAAGCCAAGGGAGAGGCUCCGAGUUGGAGGACGAAGUGGUCCCUGACUUUGUCUCCGAUCCGGAGGACGAGGAACCUGAAGGAGGAACAGGCGGGGUGGGGCAAGAAGAUGAGACCAUUGUUCUGAUGGAGGGGGACGAAGAUGGUCCACAGGGGCAGGAGGAGGAGGAGGAGGAGGAGGAGGAGAGGGAUGAAGAGGAAGGAGUCGUUGACACACCACAGUCUCCAGACUCGGAGCCAGAUCACGUCAAGAGUCUGGUGACUGAAGAGGACGGAGAAGAUGGAGAGGACGGGUUCGAUGCCUCAGCAGAGCGGGAGCUGGAUGACGAAGACGAGGAGGAGGAGGAGGAGGAGGAGGAGGACAAACUCAAGGCUGAGGAGGCUGAGAGGAGGAGAGUGGCUGCAGCGAGGCAGAUGAAGGACGACUCUGCGUCAGUUUCUCGAGAGCUGGAUGAGCACGAACUGGAUUACGACGAGGAGGUCCCCGAGGAGCCCAGCAUCCCCGCACACGAGGACGAGGAGGACGAGGACGACGUGAAAGCGGAGCGGGAGGACGAGGAGGAGAGCGACGACAAGACCACUAAGAAGAAGGAGAAGAAACUAAUCCUCCCGCCGUCUCCAAAGGACAGGACGGACGAGUCUAAGGGUCCCGAGAGGACACGGCGAGACUCCUUCAGAGACAAGAAGAAGGACGAGGACGAUGGGGAGAUCGACGAGGGAGAGAUUGACGACGACGACCUGGAGGAGGGGGAGGUCAAAGAUCCAUCGGACAGGAAGAUCAGACCACGUCCCAUCUGCAGGUUCUUCAUCAAAGGUAAUUGUACGUGGGGAAUGAACUGCAGGUUCAUCCAUCCCGGAGUCAACGACAAAGGGAACUAUUCCCUCAUCACGAAGCCGGACCUGUUCUCACCGAACGGGGCCCCCCCAGGAGGACCCCACCCCCUCAUCCCUAAUAACCCCUGGACCGGACCGGCUGUGGAGGAGCUGCCUCCUCCUCCUCCUCCGGCGGAUCCUCCUGUGGAAAGCGCCUGGGAGAGAGGACUGCGACACGCCAAAGAGGUGCUGAAGAAGGCGACCAUCCGUAAGGAGCAGGAACCGGACUUUGAGGAGAAACGUUUCAACGUGACAAUCGGAGAAGACGAGAGGGAGCUGGACAAAGAGAACGAGUUCUUCAGAGAACGCAGCUACCGCAUCAUCAGAGAUGAAAUGGACUUCAGAGAUCCUGUUUAUGGCAACGAUCCUUACGCCGACCCGUACUAUGACUACGAGAUGGAGGCUCUGUGGCGAGGAGGCCAGUACGAAAACUUCAGAGUUCAAUACACAGAAGCUCCUCUUCCCUACCACUACAGCGAACGUGAGCGCGACCGCGACCCCCGGGAACGCCACCGCGACCGCGAGAGGGAACGCGACCACCGGGAGAGGGAGCGCCGGCAACGGGAGAGGGAGAGGGAGAGGGAGAAGGAGCGGGAGAAGGAGAGGAUGAGGAGGAAAGAGGAGUGGGAGAGGGACCGGAUGAAGAGGGACGAGAAGGACAGGCCCAGGAUGCGUCCUCCGCGGGAAAUCCGGGAGAAGAAGGACGAGGACAAGCUGAAGCCACGCUCCCCCCUCGGCUUGCCCCCCAACAGGCCAAUGGAGCCUCCUUUAAAGAAGGACGUUGUUCCAGUCAUGCGGCGGCCAGACGAGUGGAAGGACCCGUGGCGAAGGUCCAAAUCUCCAAGAAGACGCCCGGGGCUGGGUUCCCCGCCACGAGGACGCCGGCGACACCGGCCCUCAGGCUCCUCCGUCUCCCUGUCCAACUCCUCCAGGUCUUCAUCGCGCUCUUCGUCCUACACGGGUUCUGGCUCGUCUCGUUCUCGUAGCCGCUCCUCCUCCUUCACCUCCUGCUCCAGCCACACCUCCCAGCACAGCUCCUUCAGCGGCAGCCGCUCCAGGUCUCGAUCUUUCUCCACGUCUCCUUCGCCGAGUCCAGCGGGACCGAGGAACCCGAAGAACAAACCAGACCUUCAUCCUGUGUUACCGAAAGGCAUGCCAUUGAAGCCGGGUGCCAUGCCCCCUCCUCGCAGGGAAAAGCCUCCCAUGAAGAAAGCGCCCAGUCCUCCUCCCCCCGGCGGGAUGCAGGGCGGCCGGCCUCCCAAGCCCAUGCUGGAGGGAGGGGGGAAGCCGCCCCCCAACCCUCGGGAAGCUGCAGCUGCAGCCGGCGGCCCGGGCGCUGGUGGGGCAGGAAGACCACCGCCCCCCCGGGAACCCGGGAAACCUCCCAACCCCAGAGAGGGCAGACAGAAAGCACGGCAGCAGCAUCCUCCACGGAGGCGAACCGUCAGUGGGAGUGUCAGCGGAAGUGGAAGCAGUUAUUCUGGUUCUAGCUCCAGAUCCAGGUCCUCGUCCAACUCCCUGUCACGCUCACGCUCCGGAUCCAGAAAGUCCAGGAAAUCCAGGUCUCUGAGCGUCAGCAGCGUGUCCUCCGUGUCCUCGGCGUCGUCCAGCAGCAGCUCUGUGCGCAGCGCCGACUCGGACGACAUGUACGCAGACCUGGCCAGCCCCGUGUCCUCCGCCAGCUCCCGGUCGCCAACUCCCAACCACCCCCGCAAGGACCGGGGGCCCCCGAGAGACCGGCCCCCCCACCCAAGAGACCGGAACAGGGAGCGACCCUCAAAGAAAGACGAGCCCUUCAGGGAGGACCGCAGGAAGCUGGACCAGGCCAGCGCCCCCCCGAGAGGAGGCAACCCCAUGCCCAGGUCCGGACCUGGGAACCGGGGCGGCCACCCGCUCCACCCCCCACCCUCCGGAAACAUGGGCCCUCCGGGGAACUACGGGGGCUCCGGUUCCCACAAGGACAUCAAGCUCACGCUCCUCAACAAGCAGCAGGCAGACAAAGGCAACAGGAAGCGGUACCUUCCGUCGGACAAGGACCGGCCCGGUUCUCCGCUCAGUAAGAGAAUGGCCAUGUCUCCGGACAGAGGCCGUGAUAAAAGGAUGCCGGGUCGCCCCCCCCUGUCCCCCCGGAUGGAUCGGCCCAGAGGCCAGGGGCCGCGACCCCUGCCCCCCCAGGGAGACCGGAAACGUCCUCUGUCUCCUCCCCCGAAGUCGUCUGGGAAAGGUCCCAUGGCUCCGCCUGGUAAGCCGGUCCCCCCGGGCUCCGCCGCGGCUGCUGGUUCCGGUUCCGGUUCCGGUUCAGGCUCUGGUUCUGGUUCUGGUUCUGGUUCUGGUAAACCCAGUAACACGCUGUCGCGCCGGGAGGAGCUGCUGAAGCAGCUGAAGGCCGUGGAGGACGCCAUCGCCAGGAAACGAGCAAAGAUCCCGGCCAAGUAGCCGCGGACGUCUGUCUGUCUGUCUGUCUGCACGGCCUCAGUGGACAGGACGGGACAGGACGGGACGGGGAGGGGGUCCUGGGACGGGGAGGGGGUCCUGGGACGGAGCGUCUCCGGCCCCGCCCCCUAAACAACGGAUGUGUAAAAAGUGUAGGUGUCUGGUUCGUGUAUAAACGCUGUAGUGAGUUAACGGGAAGACAUGGACUCUGUUGUCCCCCCGUCCCCUCGUCUUUAAGGGGGGGGGUGUAUUUGUGUAUGUGACAGCAGAGAAACAGACGAAGCGUCUCCCCCCGUGUGAUGAGGACAGAUUUAUACUCUGAACCUGCUUCUGUCUCCGGUUCCUCCGCCAACGUCCACAGCUUCUUCCCGCGUCCACGUCCUUUUUAAUCUUCUGCCUUUUGUUUCUUCUUAGCUCUUCAGUCGUAUGUUUUUACUCCCGUCUCACUUUUAGUUGGAGGAAUGUGGAGGAGCCGCGGGGACGUUUAGAGGCGACACGUGUCUUUGCUUUUGUGACAAGAAGCCUUGGAAAUAAACUAUUUUGAUAAAGAGCAGGAGUCACGCGUGUUUUGUCUCUGCUAUAAAUAGCAGGAGGAGGAAUGUGCUAUAAAUAAACCUUCGUCCUGUCCGACCAAUCACA